GGCCGGAUCUCUCUCUGGAUUUGAUGGGUCGCGGAGGGCGUUUAUAGGAUGAGCAAUGAAAACAAAGAACCUGUCUCCUUCUUGAUCAGUUUUCCAUGGCUGUUGAAGCAGAGGCAAGGUUCCAUGUCCUGGCUGUGGAUGAUAGCAUCAUGGACAGGAAGCUCAUCGAGAAGCUCCUCAAAACCUCUUCCUUUCGAGUUACCACGGUGGAUUCAGGGAGCAAGGCUCUUGAAUUCCUGGGAUUGUCAGCGACUGCUUCAUCAGAACAUCAUGAAACAGAGGUGAAUUUGAUCAUAACAGAUUACUCCAUGCCAGGGAUGACAGGUUAUGACCUUCUCAAAAGCAUCAAGGGGUCAUCUGCUUUCAAGGACAUUCCAGUAGUGAUUAUGUCAUCAGAGAACAUGCCUUCCAGGAUAAACAGAUGCUUAGAAGGAGGAGCAGAAGAGUUCUUUCUGAAGCCACUUAGGCUCUCGGACAUGAAGAGGCUCAGGCCUCACAUACUGAAAGGGAAAUCGAAAGAGGGACAGCUAAAUCAAGAAGAAGACUGUGAGAUCUGCAGAAGCAUCAGACGUGACAAUAGCGGUUUCUGCAACAAAAGGAAAGCCAGGGAUGAGGAAUCUGCACAAGAAAGGAGAAGACUAAGAUUCUGCUAUCUGGGGUGAUCAGUUCCUGAGAAAUGAUGCCAAUUUCCAAGUGAUAGAGCGAUUUAGAAAGAGGAAAUGUAAAUAACUGGAGAAAGGUUUCAAUGGACCUUGAGAUUCCAUUGAUGUGAUUUUAUUUCUAACGUAUUUGAACAUAAUAAAAGCGUUAAUUCUAAAA